AUAUUUACGAUAAACAUAUAUAAAAUAAUAUUUGAAAUAUUUUAAAAUAUCAUCAAAAUUUGAUUAAACAACAAAGAAAAAUAACUAAAUAUAAGACACAAAAAUCCCCUACGGUAAGGGAUGCAAAAAUAAUUAAACGCACAAACCUUAAGACUCGAAUGUUUUAAACAAAAAACCUUAAAUAAAAUUAACAAACAACAACAACAACACACAAAGUGGAGUUAAGCACUGAAAGUAAAAUAAAAAUACAUUAAGCUCAACAUUGACUGCGUCGUCAUCAAUCGAAAAACAGCCCAUAGCCGUCAGUCACAUUAAACAUUAGUGUUACACAACCUUAAGUUGAAAGAUAAAUCAAGAAAUUCAUCAGUUAACAGAGUAGAGGAGGAGUUUUUAACAUACGCAUCUGGGGUUGCCGAUCAAGGUUACCUAAACGACAACACCACGACGGAGAAAACUAAUUUGGUAUUGAUCCAGCAGCCUAUAGGGCAGCUAAGGACAACGACGACGUCAACGUCGGUGGCAGCUGCUGGAGAUGACAGCCACGUAACCACUACCGUUACAACGGCUGCCAACAGCGAAACCCUUUCCACUGCUGCCAAUGUUGCUGCUGGUAGUGUUAUAAACACUAAAGUUCCCUCAAUUUCUAUAUUUCCUUUGCCCUCAAACACUACGGUGCGUACUAUUUCCACAGCCAACAAGGCUACUUCACCACCUUUGACUUUUAUAACAACCACAGCGGGCACCAAAACCGCUACUCUGGUUAGGAGUGUGCCCAGUUUGGUGUUGCAGCGACCACAGCAACAACAUCAAUAUCAGCAAACCGACAAGUGUACAAUAUUAAAAUUCGAUGUGGUGCGUAAAACCUCUAACACUUCAUCUUCAACUACUUCAGCUUCUACGUCAGCGAAUGCAAUUAUUGCAACGUCGGCCUCACCUUCAUCUUCAGAAACAACUACCACAACUCUCAUGAUUCCCAGUAAUGCUGUUCAUAUAGACAGCCAAGAUCUCGAGGAACUGGAAGAAGUCGCUAAACAACCAUCACAACAACAGCAUCAUCAACAUCAACAACAGCUGCAGCUGCAACAACAACAACAACAAUCUCACAUUAUUUCCAAUCAACCGAUUAUAGUGAAAAUCGAACCAACUCAAGCAUUUCACAUUGUCGAUGAAAACGAUACCCGGGUCUUAAGUUUACCCUUAACCGAUAGCGAUAAGGUGGGUGCCAGUUGGAUUGAUUUAAAAGAUAUUGCCGGUUUGCAAACUUCAUCGGGUACUACACUCUUGGAUGUUUGCUUUGAACCCGUAACAACUCUUACCAAUACAUCGUCGGUAUCAACGGCAGAAUCAAUGACCAUCGAUAUACCAACCGAAAUUGUGAUUAAACGCCAAACUUUAAAUAAAAAUACACAGUCAUCGAUGCCGUCGUUGUCGCUGUCGUCAACGUCAACCACCAGCACAACGACAUCGACUAAGGCGGUGGCAACGAUAACAUCGGCUGCCUCAACAUCGAGGGAACAAUAUACGGGACCGAGUACAAGUGGAGCAAUGACAGCUCAAAUUGAAAUAAUACCAUGCAAAGUAUGUGGUGACAAAUCAUCGGGUGUUCAUUAUGGUGUUAUAACCUGUGAGGGCUGCAAAGGUUUCUUUCGACGUUCACAAAGUUCUGUUGUUAAUUAUCAGUGUCCUCGUAACAAGCAAUGCGUUGUCGAUCGUGUUAACCGUAAUCGGUGUCAAUAUUGUAGACUGCAAAAGUGCCUCAAAUUGGGAAUGAGCCGAGAUGCUGUAAAAUUUGGUAGAAUGUCUAAGAAACAAAGAGAAAAAGUUGAAGAUGAGGUGAGAUUUCACCAAGCACAGAUGCGGGCUCAAAGUGAUGCGGCACCUGAUAGUUCUGUAUUUGAUACACAAACGCCGUCUAGUAGUGAUCAACUGCAUCAUAGUUAUAAUGGCUAUGGCUAUUCAAGUAAUGAAGUCAGUUAUGGCAGUCCUUAUGGAUAUUCAGCAUCCGUGACCCCGCAACAGACAAUGGCCUACGAUAUAUCAGCCGAUUAUGUCGACAGUACCACAUAUGAGCCACGAAGUACAAUGAUGGAUCCCGAAUUUAUCAGUCAUGCAGAUGGUGACAUUAAUGACGUUCUCAUAAAGACCUUGGCGGAAGCUCAUGCAAAUACAAAUACCAAAUUGGAAGUUGUGCAUGAAAUGUUUAGAAAACCCCAGGACAUCUCAAGAAUACUUUAUUAUAAGAAUCUAGGCCAACAGGAACUGUGGCUGGACUGUGCGGAAAAGUUAACUCAAAUGAUACAAAAUAUAAUCGAAUUUGCCAAAUUAAUACCCGGUUUUAUGCGUCUUAGUCAGGAUGAUCAGAUCCUACUGCUAAAGACCGGUUCAUUUGAGCUGGCGAUUGUACGGAUGUCACGUUUGUUGGAUCUCUCGCAGAAUGCGGUGCUGUAUGGUGAUGUUAUGCUGCCGCAGGAAGCAUUUUACACAUCCGACUCGGAAGAAAUGCGACUGGUGUCACGUAUUUUCCAAACGGCUAAAUCAAUAGCCGAACUUAAAUUGACUGAAACUGAAUUGGCUCUGUAUCAAAGUUUGGUCCUGCUGUGGCCAGAACGUAAUGGCGUGCGCGGCAAUACGGAAAUUCAGAGGCUUUUCAACUUAAGUAUGAAUGCAAUAAGGCAGGAACUAGAGGCCAAUCAUGCACCACUUAAGGGCGAUGUGACGGUACUCGAUACACUACUCAAUAAUAUUCCCAACUUCCGUGACAUCUCCAUAAUGCACAUGGAGUCGUUGAGUAAAUUUAAACAACAACAUCCAAAUGUGGUAUUCCCUGCCCUGUACAAGGAACUCUUUUCCAUAGACUCACCCCAGGAUCUCACAUAACAGCAACCGGUGUAUGAUGAUACCACCACAACAACCGACCUAGCAGUCGAGACUGCAACACCAACCGCUUCAUCAUCAGUAGUAGCAGCUGCAGCAGCAGCAUUAGCAGCAAACACAAUAAUAACAACAACAUCAGCAGCAGCAGCAGCAGCAUCUUCAUCAGCUAAUACAGCUUUAGUAGAAAUCUCUCAGACGUCAUUAAAUGAACAACACCAUAUAAACUCAACAGCAACAACAACAGCAAUUACAAGAAACAGCAAUAACAACAUCAAUGCAUCAUCCUUAACAUCGUAGAUUAAUUGUGUAUAACAACAACAACAUGAUCUUUUCAACAGAUAAAAUCUGUCAAAAGAUCACUCACUUAACACAUCAACAACAGCCAAGUCAUUAAUCAACUUUAAAGCUCAUUUUAAACGUUAUGAUUGCUAAAUAAGAACUGAGAACCACAAAGGAUAACGUUUCGGGUAGCGUUUCAUUUUUUUUUUAUAUAAUUUAGUUUAAAGUAAAUCCAAAUAAUUGCAAAAAAACGAAAAACAAAAACAAACUCUUUUAUCAAAUGAAUUUCACUCACUAUUUAUCCUUCAGAGUGAUUAAGACUUAUUAAGAUUAUACAACAAAAAAAAAAAAAAAACAAAAACAAAACAAAUUAUUAAAUACUAAAUAAACUAAAUAACAUUUAAAUACCGUUAAACAAAAAAAAAUUACACCGCAGCAGCAUAGUACGUCAACCAACACUAACAAACAAACAAACAUCAUCAUCAACAGUUUUUUAAGGGAAUUAGAUUUAAAGGAAUUCAUUUAAAGGAUUUAACUUACAUUUAGUUUAGUCUUGAGCAAAUCAAAAGUUUCUUAAGUUUUUUUUUAUAUAAAAUCACUCGAAUAUGAAAGGUUUACUUGAUUUUUUAAGAUUUUUUUUUUGUUAAAUUACUAUAAAUUAAGCAAAAUUUAGUAAAAAUUAUAAUAAAAUAAACUUUGUUAAAAAAAAAAUAAAACAUUUUGAAAAUGUUGAAAGCUUUUUUGGGGUAAAAAAUUAAAAGCUUUGAUUUAAAAGUGUAAACAGCAAGGACAAAGACUAGGCGGAUACAAAAUGCAGAAGAAACAGAUUUCAUAAAAUGCAGGAGAAAAUGCUGGGUCGUUGAAUUUUAAAUAAAGUCAACGUUUAAAAGCUGGCAACUUUACUUAAGAUUUAAAAAGUUGUUGACACUUUUUUGUUAAAAGAAUUGCUUGGUAGUCAAAUUUCCUGCUUUAAAGUGUGUUUUUUUAGAAAAUUAUUUAUAUAGAGCAAUUUAAUUGCCAAUAUUAAGUUUAAGUUUAAAGUUGCCGCCACUUUUAAUGUUAAAGAAUUGCUUGGUAUUUAUAUCAAAAUUUCGAAAAUUUACUGCAAAAUGUUUAAGAGCUGUUAACCUCAAACUAAAUUGCCAACAAAUUAAAGUUGCCGCCAUAUUUUGUUUAAAAGAAUUGCUUAAUAUUUAUCUUAAAUCAAGUCAAGUUGUAUUUUAACAAAAUCAAACUAAAGCUACGCAACUUAAGUUGCCGAUUUAAAGAUUUUAAGCUUUAAACAUAUUUGAAUAGCGACAACUUCAAAAGGGUUUGCUUCAAAAAGUUUUUUAUAUUGUCAUGAUUUGUAUUGACAAUUAUUUCAAGCAGCUCUCAAUAUAAGCAAUAACAGUUGCUCUAAUCACUAAAUUGACACUUAAGUCUCUAUUAUUUUAUAUUUCUAAAGAAUCAGGGCACUAGAAACAUUUCAGCAAAUUUUUUCGAUAUUUAAAGGGUGAGCAACAAAAAUUGCCAGUCAGAAAUUUAUCCAGCAGAGAACAUGAAAGUUGCUGGUGCUUUGGAGAUAUUUUUUUCAAGCAAUUUGUUCGAUAUUGGCAUUGAGCUUGAAAUAGCUCCAGCAAUAUUAUUUUAAUUGAUUCCAUUUGCAAGAAGAAAACUUGAAAGUUGUUCAAAAUACUCAAGAGUUUAAAAUCCCUGCGUCCAACCUUAAGGAAUUGAAAAUGCAAUUAACGCAGAAGGUGGAGAUGGAAGAUGGAUCAAUUCUAUAGCGGAAAAGACUGACUAUUUCAGAUACAAUAAUCAAACAAUUUUAUAAUGAAAAUGUCACAGAUUCUAUUGCUAUUAUGACACUUUCAUGGAUA